CUCAACCAGCCAAGGCGCCAACCAGGACAUACGUGCACUAAAAAUGCCAUAUCUUACAAACCAGGAGGUUUUAAAUCACGAGGCUAAUUUUUAUGCAUUCUAUACUCAAGAAGGAGUCCAGGCCAAUUGGAAUUGGGCCAAAAUAAUCACGGAGAAAGAAGUUAUGAAUUUUACAAUUCAGAGGUUUCUCAACCCGUCCAUCUGCGAGUACCCGACUUUAGAAGAAGGUUCAAGCUCAAUGAAGGAGAGGCCUGAAGCAAAACCCAUCACAGAAGUCAAGAGGAGUUUAUCAUCUUUUCAUAAAGCCCAAGAUCAGGAGAAAUGGCCACGGAAAUUAGGAGUUAUGAUCAAUUCCACAGAACCGGCCAAACCGACGUCAUCUAUGGAAAGUCUUCAACCAAUUCAACUUGGUUCGACCCAGAGCUAUUUAUGGGAACCAAGAGAUCAUCUUAACCAAUCAGGAGGUAUUCCAGAAGUCCUUAGCUGCACCAGAACCCAGGAGAUCAGUUGGUUCAAUGGAGAAUCACUUAAACCCAACCGGAGCUAUUUAUGGAAAGAUUGGACAAUCUUUCGGUUUGAUCCAUUCCAAGCAAUUCCAAUCCAACCAGGAGAACCAGACGACGUCCAGACAGAACCAAGACAUCCAGGAUACAUUAUACACGAGCCAGAAGAGUUCUACAACUUCAUCCCAUGCACCAGCCCACAUAGGAAUAAGAAGAUCCCCAUUAUCACCAAACUGCCUUAUUUGGAGUCUCUUGCAUUCAAACUCCAACAGCUCUUUUUCUACCAAGGCAAGGACGAGAUCAGCUUCUACCAAGCAUUCAAGAAGGUCCCAAGAAAUCUCUCUUAUCCCCUUAAACCGUCCCGAUUCAAGCAAAUCAAGUUUCUUCACUUGGAGCCAAAAUCCCACAAAAGGCUCCAACGGCUAGUUUCCGAUUUCUUGCUUAGUUUAGAUUUGUUUCCUUUCUUUUCUUUUGUGAAGUUUAGAGUCUUGUAUCUGAGCAUUAUAUAAGCUCAUUUUCGUCCAUUGUAGAGAGGACCCUCAAUCACCAAGUUAAUAAAAAGUUUAUUCAGUUUUUAUCAAAGAUUGUUCUUUGUAUAAAAUAUCGGUCUUUAGGAUUCAAAGAGAGAUUCUUUGUUGUUCUAUUGAUUUCGUGAGUCUAGUUUGUUUGUGCAAAUCAAACAAGCUCAGUACACAGAUUGAGAGAGUCAAUCAAUUCGUUCCAUCCUUCAUCAGAUUGAGAGAUUCAAUCAAAACCUCAUCCGCAAAUCCACUCCAAUCCAUCAUCUGAUCCAGCUUGAGAGAGACAUCAUCCAGCAACUUGAAUCCAUCAGCCAUCUCUAUCCUUCUCUUAUUUUGUUUCAUUUUGCAUCAUAUAGUUCUAGAUUUUCCAUUCAAUAUAAAAACCCAUAAAAAGUCAUAUUUGCUUCUGUUCUUCAUUUAUCAUUUAGUUUUCUUUCUGUUCAUCAUUUUGAUUCAUAAAAACUCAUAAAAAUAACUCUCUUCUGUUUCAGGAACCAGAUCGGCCAUCUCCCUCUCCUUCGCGUCCGUCUAACCGCUCCAUAGCCGUCCGUCCGUCCUGUCCAGUCCGAGUUCUUGAACCUCAGUCCGUCCAAUUGAGUAGCCUGAAUCCCAGCCUGCAACAUUUGGUAUCAGAGCUUAAGCUCCUGACUCAGGUGAUAUCUAUCCUUGCAUCUCAUAUUUGCUUGCAUUUAUUUUUCCAUUCAUAAACCGAAAAUCCAUAAAAACUGUUUCUUUUUGUUUCAAGUUUUGUUUCUGCAUAUUUUUGUUCUUGCUGUUCAUCAUACUUUAAAGCCACGAAAAAGAAAAGAAAAAGUUUUGUUUGAUUCAUUUAAAAAUCGAAAAUCCCAAAAGAAAGUGUUUGCAUUCAUUAGUUUCCAUAAAAGAAAAUUCCAUAAAAAUUUCUGUUUUGAAUUUGAUUCCUUUUCAUUUGCAUUCAUAAAUUCAAAAGCCAAAAGAAAUCAUCCUAGUUAUUGUUUCAUACCAUUUCUACUUGUCCAUUUCGUGAUUGCAUCAGAAAAGAAAAAGAAAAUAUUUUUAAGCUUUAGUUUAUAUCAUUUGCAUAUUUAAUUGUUGCAUUUCAUCCAAAGAAAAUUCAAAAAAAAAUUCAGCAUUAGUUUGCUUUCCAUAUUUUCUUUUCAUUUGUGUUAAUUGUCAUUUAUUACUGUUUCAUUUCGAGAUUUGCAUUAAGAAAACCAAAAGAAAAAUCAUUUUUCAUAAUUUAUUUCAUUUCGGUUCAACAUUGCAUAUUUUCUUGGUUUAGUUUUAAUUAGCUUGCAUUUUGGUUCUUAUUCUGAUCCGACCAUAAAUUCUCUAUUCUUCACUUGAUCUUUGUGAUUGCUUGCAGGAAGAAAUGGAAGAAUUAGCACAAAGCCAAGCCUUAUUGGCCUCUCAAAAACAGCUAUUGGCUGCUAUGAAGGGUGUACAAGAUCAGAUUUCUCAGCUGGAGAAAAGAAACAAGGCACAAGGCCAACGAACACAGCAAGGAAAAAGAAGAUUUGGAGAUGCACCAGAGGAUGGCUAUGUUGAGCCUAAGCCACCAGAUCCUUCAUGGAUCACCCCACACCAUACUUCUUCAACUCAUAAACACUUAACUCAUUCUUAUCUUUAUUUUAAACCUGUUAAUGAAGUUAAGAUUUAUUCUUUUUCAGGAAGCAGCUGGCCAGGUGACUAUCUCUCAUGGGAAAGAACCAUGGAUGAUUGGUUUUCAUACCAUGGCGUGCCAAAGAAAGAAAAGCUGAGCCAUGCCAUCAAACA